AUGCCGGAAUCCAAGCCCGACCUCCAAACCAUCCUCAGCCAGUCGCCGCCACCAGACGGCGGCAUCAAAGCCUGGACGCACGUCGCCCUCCUCCACAUUGUCUUCUUCAACACCUGGGGCGUGUCGAACAGCUUUGGCGUCUUCCAGCAGUUCUACGUCUCCGAUCUCCUCGCCGGCCAGUCACCCUCGUCCAUAUCAUGGAUCGGCAGUGUCCAGACAGCUUGCCUCUUUGCGCUGGGCGUCUUCUCCGGCCGGGCCACUGACGCUGGCUACUUCCGAUACGUCUUCUUCACCGGCGUGUUUCUUCAGGUCUUUGGCCUCAUGAUGGCCUCUCUCGCCCAGAAUUACUGGCAGCUCUUCCUCGCCCAGGGGCUCUGCCUCGGUGUCGGCAACGGCCUCUCCUUCAUCCCGGCCCUGUCAACCACAUCCACCUAUUUCCGCAAGAACCGUGCUGUGGCCAUCAGUAUCGGGGCUGCAGGAGCGGCCCUUGGCGGACUGAUCUACCCUGUCCUUGUUCAGCAGCUGCUGCCCGCCAACAAGCUCGGCUUCGGCUGGACAAUGCGUGUGAUGGCUUUCCUCAUGCUGGCAACCUACGUCCCGUGCCUCAUCUGGUACGCCCCGCGGUUGCCCCCGCGCAAGACGGGACCCUUGAUCGACACGACGGCAUUCCACGAGGCCCCAUUCCUGUUCUUUGCGGCGUCCUUCUUCUUCAACUUCUGGGGUGUGUAUACCGCCUUCUUCUACAUCAGCUCGUUUGCGAGGGACCAGAUCGGCAUUGCGAACCCGAGCAACCUCGUCAUCAUCCUGAACGGUGCUGGCGUGAUUGGACGUCUGCUGCCCGGCAUCGUCGCCGACCGGUUUACGGGCCUGUUCAACCUGUUGGUGCCCUUGUGUUUUGCGGGGUCUCUGCUCACGUACCUCUGGAGCCAAGUGCACUCUCCCGCGGGGCUGUACGUGUUUGUGGUGAUCAAUGGUCUCGUUGCGCACGCGAUGCAAUCCAUGUACCCGACCGUGGCGACGACGAUGACGCCUGACAUCAACAAGACGGGCACGCGAGCGGGCAUGAUUACGAGCGCGGUCAGCAUCGCCGUGCUCACGGGUCCUGCGAUCAGUGGGGCCUUGAUUCAGCAGGACCAUGGCGGUUACCUGUACGCACAGAUGUUUGCCGGGACGUCGAUUUGCCUGAGUGCGUUCUGCAUGUUGGGUGCCAGGGUUUCCAAGGCUGGGUGGAAGCUGGUCGUCAAGGUGUAG